CUCGGCGCUCCCGAAAGCUCGCGUUCGCUCUGAGGCGGCGCGCGCUGUUGUGGUCCUCGCUGGGCUCCGUUUACCUUAGGGACCCGCGGCCGCCCUGGGCCGGCGCUGCAGCCCCCUGGAGGGCGACCCCCCGAGGUGUGAGUUCGUUGUUGGUGUACGGAAACACAACUGACUUUUGUGUAUUGAUUUUGUAUCCUGCAACUUUACUGAACUCAUCGAAGACUUUAAUAUCAAGUCUACAAUAUUUUGAGAGGAAAUUACUAAUAUCUCUCAUUUAAAAAAAUACUUCUCAGAUAUUUCAAUCAAGGAAGAAAUAGCUCUUCUCCUAAGAUGGAAUCUGUUGUUUGGGAAUGUGGUUGAUCAACUUGAUAUGUUGGCCAAAUGUGCCCUAUGGUAAUAAAAUGAAAAGAAGAGACAAGAUGAUGUCCAUUUUCCCGUAUUGUGAAACCAAAACAAAUGCCUUUUGUGAGACCAAGCUAACAAACCUCUGACGGUGCAAAGAGUAUUUAACUGUUUGAAGAACUUAAUAGUAAGAUAUAGAAGAAAAUACUUUCAAGCUGAGACCUGCAGGUAUAUAAAGAUCUAAAAUCCUUAUUGAGUGGCCUGAUCAACCAAAUCUCAUUCAGAUCCAGGAAGGAUGGCUAUGAGUCGGAUCGUCUUCUACUUUUGGCCGUUGACUAUGUUUGUGGGACAUAUAGGUGGGCACAGUUUGUUUUCUUGUGAACCCAUUACCUUGAGGAUGUGCCAAGAUUUGCCUUAUAAUACUACCUUCAUGCCUAAUCUUCUGAAUCACUAUGACCAACAGACAGCAGCUUUAGCAAUGGAGCCAUUCCACCCAAUGGUGAAUCUGGAUUGUUCUCGGGAUUUUCGGCCAUUUCUUUGUGCACUCUAUGCUCCUAUUUGUAUGGAAUAUGGACGUGUCACUCUUCCCUGUCGUAGGCUGUGUCAGCGGGCUUACAGUGAGUGUUCGGAGCUCAUGGAGAUGUUUGGUGUUCCGUGGCCUGAAGAUAUGGAAUGCAGUAGGUUCCCAGAUUGUGAUGAGCCAUAUCCUCGACUUGUGGAUCUGAAUUUAGCUGGUGAUCCUACUGAAGGAGCUCCAGUGGCAGUACAGAGGGACUAUGGUUUUUGGUGUCCUCGAGAGUUGAAAAUUGAUCCUGAUCUUGGUUAUUCUUUUUUACACGUGCGUGAUUGUUCACCUCCUUGUCCAAAUAUGUACUUUAGGAGAGAAGAACUUUCAUUUGCUCGAUACUUCAUAGGAUUGAUUUCAAUCAUUUGCCUCUCUGCCACGUUGUUUACUUUUUUAACUUUUUUGAUUGAUGUCACAAGAUUCCGUUAUCCUGAAAGACCUAUCAUAUUUUAUGCAGUCUGCUACAUGAUGGUAUCACUAAUUUUCUUCAUUGGGUUUUUGCUUGAGGACCGAGUAGCCUGCAAUGCAUCUAGCCCUGCACAGUAUAAGGCUUCCACAGUGACACAAGGAUCUCAUAAUAAAGCCUGUACCAUGCUUUUUAUGGUACUCUAUUUUUUUACUAUGGCUGGCAGUGUCUGGUGGGUAAUUCUUACCAUCACAUGGUUCUUGGCAGCUGUGCCAAAGUGGGGUAGUGAAGCUAUUGAGAAGAAAGCAUUGCUAUUUCACGCCAGUGCAUGGGGCAUCCCCGGAACUCUAACUAUCAUCCUUUUAGCGAUGAAUAAAAUUGAAGGUGACAAUAUCAGUGGCGUGUGUUUUGUUGGCCUCUACGAUGUUGAUGCAUUGAGAUAUUUUGUUCUUGCUCCCCUCUGCCUAUAUGUGGUAGUUGGAGUUUCUCUCCUCUUAGCUGGCAUUAUAUCCCUAAACAGAGUUCGAAUUGAAAUUCCAUUAGAAAAGGAGAACCAAGAUAAGUUGGUGAAGUUUAUGAUCCGGAUUGGUGUUUUCAGCAUUCUUUAUCUCGUACCACUCUUGGUUGUAAUUGGAUGCUACUUUUAUGAGCAAGCUUACCGUGGCAUCUGGGAAACAACAUGGAUACAAGAACGCUGCAGAGAAUAUCAUAUUCCAUGUCCAUAUCAGGUUACUCAAAUGAGUCGUCCAGACCUGAUUCUCUUCCUGAUGAAAUACCUGAUGGCUCUCAUUGUUGGUAUUCCCUCCAUCUUUUGGGUUGGAAGCAAAAAGACAUGCUUUGAAUGGGCCAGUUUUUUUCAUGGUCGUAGGAAAAAAGAGAUAGUGAAUGAGAGCCGACAGGUACUACAGGAACCUGAUUUUGCUCAGUCUCUUUUGAGGGAUCCAAAUACUCCUAUUAUAAGAAAAUCAAGAGGAACUUCCACUCAAGGAACAUCCACACAUGCUUCUUCAACUCAGCUUGCUAUGGUGGAUGAUCAGAGAAGCAAGGCAGGGAGCGUCCACAGCAAAGUAAGCAGCUACCACGGCAGUCUCCACAGAUCCCGCGAUGGCAGGUACACUCCGUGCAGUUAUAGAGGAAUGGAAGAGAGACUACCUCAUGGCAGCAUGUCACGACUGACGGAUCACUCCAGGCACAGUAGUUCUCAUCGGCUCAACGAACAGUCACGACAUAGCAGUAUCAGAGACCUCAGUAAUAAUCCUAUGACUCACAUCACACAUGGUACCAGCAUGAAUCGGGUCAUUGAAGAAGAUGGAACCAGUGCUUAAAUUGUCUGAAGGUGGAAAACUUGUGCUAUCUAAAAAGCAGAUUUUAUUCUUUGCCUUUGCAUGACUGAUUGCUGUAACUCACUGUUAUCAUGCUUUCAGUCAGAUGCAGAUUGUGUCCAUUGGAAAAGUGAAUUUCGCCUUUUAUAUUGCAUCAAACUUGGAACAUCAAGGCAUCAAAAAUGCUAAUAAUUAUAUCAUCACAUAAAUAAUUCUUAUUUCUAGGUUAUUGAAGAGAGAAUUAUUUGUCUGGUAAGCAUUUUUAUAAGCCCACUUAUUUUCUAUUUAGAAAAACCCUAAAUGUAUGGUGACUGCUUUGUAGUGAACUUUCAUAUGAUAUCAACUAGUUGUGAGAUAACAUUCUGGUAGUUGUAUUAAUAAAACAAAAAUUUCAGAAUUAAGAAAAUUUUCUAUGCAAGGUUUAUUUCUCAGAAGAAUAGUUGGACUUUGUAGUUUUCUUUCCACUAAGUGAAAAAGAACUAUGUUUUUAAACUGUAGGAGAAUUUGAUAAAUCAGCAAGGGUAUUUUAGCUAAUAGGAUAUAAGGUCAGAAGAGGAAUCUGAAUAGUCUUUAUCUGAAGGCUCUUUAAAAAUUCUAUCGAAAUAAUCUUCAUCCAGAAACAUACAGGAUUAAGAUUAACAAUGGAAUAAAAGGCAGAGAUGGACAUUUUUUCUCUAUAAUUAUGCUGUCUUUAUUACUUUUGUAAAUAUUACUUUUACUGGCUGUGUUUUUAUAACUUAACCAUAUGCAUGGUGAAAGAAGUUUAAUUUGUAGCCACCUUUACCCAUAUAGUAGUAUUGAUUCACAGACAACUUCGUGUUCAGAUCUGUUCCAAGGAGGCAUGUAACAAGCAUCACACAUUAUAAACUCUUUUGUGGGAACCACAGUUACAAAAUGGCAAAACAUUUUCUCUAUAUUCAUUGUUGUAUUUUUCUACAGUGAGAUGUGAUCUUGCCAAAGCCACCAGAUCUUGGUACCCAGGCCCGUCCUAUCAGUGACCUGAUUGUCUGCAUUUGCAUUGUACAGUAGCCACUAGGCUACAGCUUUUUGCCCCACAUUCCUGUUUCUAGAUUCUGGAUCAUUUUUUUUUAAACAGUUGAAAUAUAUAUAACCUAAGUCCAAAGUGGUGAUUGAGGUAUUUGAAAAUCAUUGUAACUAAAUGAAGCAUGAGUAGUCUUGCUGUGAAGUAUAAUCUUUUAGUCUUACCAAUAUCAAUUCAAAAAUGUUUGACAUUUUGUCGUGUACUGUUUAAAUAAUUUACAAUAAAACUGCAAACUUUAUUAGGCAUGAAAUUGAUCAGAAGGGAAAGAAAAAUUGUGGAAAAUGCUGGAUGUGUUUUAUAGUAAAGCAUAUUUAAACAAGUAGUCCUCAGCCCUGACUAUAGAUAAGAAUCACUUAUGGAACCUCUGAUGCUCAACACCCUCCUCUCAUUCAGAGGAGAAUUUAUAUAUAUAUAUAUAUAUAUAUAUGUGUGUGUGUGUGUGUGUAUACAUAUACUAUAUAU